UAUAUAAGAAUCCAGAUUUCGAAUUCCAACUCCCCUGCUCCCUCUCCUCCCUCACCACCUCUCGUCGGCGCGAUCCCUCCCCCACAAGGCUCCCCGCUCCGCGUCGACGCCGCUGUUAAGGCAGAUCCCAAGGGGCCCUUCGUCUUCGCCCUCGUCCGAUCCGUCCCCGUCCCGAUCCUCGUUGGGGAUGGCCACCUUCGAGCUGUACCGGAGGUCCACCAUCGGCACCUGCCUCACCGAUACGCUGGACGAGCUCGUCUCCAGCGGGGCCGUCAGCCCCGAGCUCGCCAUUCAAGUUCUUGUGCAGUUCGACAAGUCCAUGACUGACGCGCUGGACAGUCAGGUCAAGAGCAAGGUUAACAUCAAGGGCCAUCUGCACACCUACAGGUUCUGCGACAACGUCUGGACCUUCAUUCUAACAGAUGCAACCUUCAAGAGCGAGGAGAUUUCAGAAACACUGAGCAAGGUGAAGAUCGUGGCCUGCGAUUCCAAGUUGCUGCAGCCUCCUCAACCAUAAAUUGACAGCCGCCUGCUCCAUCAUGUCAAUUGAUCCCCGUCCAGCUUAGCUCAGUCGGCUUCUUGACGCUAUUCUUGGCGCCACCCAAACUUUCCUAGUUCUCGGGAAUUUGCCCCCUCUGAAAGUUGUUUGUGUGAACCUAAACAACCGCCCGUGGCACCAGACUAGAGUACCAUGGCUGCCAACUUGUUAUCCAUACCGCUUAUGGAA